AUGGAGAACGGGAGUUCGUACGGGACGUCGUGGGCCGACCAGUGGGACUACGGCCAGGACGCGGCUCGGGCGAGCAACGGCGCCGGCGGGAAGAGCGGCAAGAAGAGCGCCGCCCUGGAGAAGACGAAGGCGGUGGCCUCCACGACCCUGAAGAAGGCGAAGCACGGCACCAGCCUCGGUCUCCAGUGGAUCAAGGAGAAGUACCACGACCACAAGGCGAAUCGCAAGCACUGA